GUCACUGCCGCCGCGGUUCCCUCCUCGUCGAUGACGUCCCCGUCGUCGUACUCCCCGUCGACGACGUCCUCGUCUCCGACACUCCCCGCGAGUGCACACGAAUGCGGACGAUAAUCCGCCCGUUACGUAUCACGACACCUCUCUUUCCCCUCGAGAAUGUGUGUGUGUACGUGUAUGUGUGUGUGUGUAGAUGCAGGUGGAGAAAGCGAGAGGGUGAGAGAGGAACUCACCGGCGAUGACGGGGAGGAUGUGUAUUACGUGUGUGUGAGAGAGGGGCCCCGCGCGUUCUCAAUUACCUGGAGACAUAACCUCGAUACCUGGAGGACGCGAUGAGUGACGUCGACAUCUUCCCCGGGAACUUUCCGCGUUCCCGAGCGCGAUUACGCGCUUUUUCACCCGUCAUAUGUCGCGGAAAUUGCGCGAAUCGCGCGAAAUCUGUCGUCGUCCAUCGUGACGUUGGCUUCUUCCUCGAGGCCGAGUUUUCUCGUUUUCCUUCCUAAAAAUAAAAAUGUAUGACAUAUUUUUCGAGAGAGAGAGAGAAACAUUUUCUCUUCCUGGUACCGGAACUUCUUUCUCCCCUUCGACCGCGUUUUGUGCUUCCGUUACGUACACGUGUGAAACGGUUUCUUCCUCCAUGCAUUUUUGCAAAGUGCAUUUUUCGGUCAUUCUCGACGUUUUCGCGACGUGCUUCAUCGCGCGUUUGCUAUUGUUUCAUAUCCCGUGUAAUUGAAAAUUCACCUUUUCCUGAAAUAUCUUUAUCAUUAUGCAUGGAAAAUCCAUAUAUGCUAUUUUGCAGAAUAAAAAAUAUAUAGGUCGUCGAUAUGCGAGCUGUUGUGGAUGUCAUUACGGCAUUGGAAAAGACGACAAUCACUAAAGAGGUGCUGGAGAUUACAAGGCUUGGAAAACACAUCAAUGAGCUUCGUCGAAAAACGAGUAAUGAAGCCUUGGCCAAGCGUGCAAAGGAUUUGGUACGACACUGGAGAGACAUGGUUUUACCAUCGGUGCAUUCUACAGCACAGCCCACCUUGGCUGAUACCCUACCACCAGCUCUCAAUGGCGCGAAAGAGGUGGCCUUGAGGAAUUUCAAGCCACAUAGCCCUGCAUUAAGGGGACUCAAGCCUCACAGUCCUUUAUUAAAAGAUGCCACUCCCCUUAGAGUGCUCAGUCCGGCGCUAUCUGUGCACAGCGACCAUUCGCGAUCUCCUAACGCGUCUACAAAUAGCAAACAGUCAAUUACACCGACCAGCAAUCACAGGAUAAGUUCCUGCUCGAGAAACGCAUCACCGGUGCUUAGUUCCUCGAGCCAGAAUCACACGAUAGAAGCAGUGCCGCGUACACACAGUUCCAACAAACGGUUGCGGAAAGAAGAGAGCGUAAAGGAGCAACACUACCAAUGCCACAAAUCGCCGCACGGAAUUGAGCCGACAGUGGAGGAAGUUCCUGCCAAGAAGCAGCGGCUCAACGGCGAGAACAUAAGUGGUAAUUUAAAUUCGCAAGUGCCUAGCCCCACGCUGAAGGAACGAAUCUCCACCGUUUUCACGGAGACAGAUUCACUCGAGGUGACGGAUGAGCCGGGUCCGAAGAAACGCGGCCGGAAGAAGGGUAGCAAGGCGAAGCGGCAGCCGUUCCUCGAGGACAGCGUGAAGAAGAAGCUGGCCAGUAUCUCGAGGACUCCGAAGCUAAAGACCACGCAGGAGAUAGUGGCGCAGCUGCAAGCGGGCCGAAGCAACUGCAGCCCCAUCGGCAAUGCCCUACCUAGUCAAAGCGUCGUCGCGGAACCGCCUAACACGGGGGACGUUCUGCGAGGUGGCAGUAACGAGCAGGUGUCCAAGUAUCUGCACUCGAGCCAGAAUCUCCACAAACGUCUGGUUUCUACGGAGACGUCGGCGUCGUCCACCGGGAAAACGCAAGCGGGACGAUUCGCGGAGAGCUGGCCCGAGGACAGAUGCCAGGACAGGCUGCACGAGGACGACAGAUCGGCGUCAGGCGUCGAUAAGCCGUCGACAUGUCGGUCGCCGUCUCGCCGGGAUCUCACGGUCGAGGAGAUACUGGCCAAGUUACCUCCCUUGGAUCCCAGUUCGAUAGACUGGGGCGAAGACGAGGAGCAGAACUAUGCCGAGUGCUCGCCACCGCCGCGAAACGUUACCGCCGAGGAUCUUGAAAGGUUACACGCGCAAUUCGUCGAAGGACUCAACGGCAACUUCCAGCCGGGGUUGUCGUCGACGACCGCGUGUCGUUCCGAUGGCGACGAGCAUUCGAACCCUUCGCACGAGAAGAGUAAAGUGUCGUCUGGACUAUCGAACGUGGAUAGUGUAAAAAGUGUGCAUACCAACCAGACCGACGAUGUGGAAUUUCGGGAGUGGCAUCAGAUGCUUGCGAGGCCCAGUUACCAGGGCGACAUCCUCAACAUAAUGCCUUAUGUUAUUAUCGAUUAGUGAUUCUAUCAUCGUAUUCUCUAUUAUUAUUCUUCCCCUGGAAAAAAAGAAAAGAAUUGUGAAGAGAAUCUGCCGAUGAUUAAAAACGCAGCCGACUGGCCGGUCGGUUGUCUAUUAAAAUUAACGAUUUCUAUUGCGA